CCUGGGACCAUGUCCAGAUUUCGAUUUCACUAGAACAAGAAAGCAAAUACAACCUAUUCGCAAACGCGUAAACCAAACACAACCCUCUUGAUUCACCGCUCCGUUCUAUUAACAUGAAAUCUUAAGGAUAAAUCUCUAGCCUUAACUAAACUUUCCUGAGCCUAGAUUUAAUCAAGAUAACCUAACCCUGAGCUAAACUCCCCCUGAGUCUAGACUUCAAUUCUCCAAGUCUUUGGAACAACCACCACACACGAACCGUCACGCCAACGAACCCAACGAUCACCAAGAUUCUCCAAUAUGAACUGUUAACACCAACACACAAAUAAGCUUGAUCACACAAGCACAAACCCGCAAAACUACGUCGCACACGAUCACACACACAAUCUCUCACAUCAAAUCUCUUUGGGAUUUUUACUCUUGCCAAUCCAUAUUCUCAUAAGGUCACGUCCUCUUUAUAUAACAAACAGAAACUUGCGCCUCAAGUUCUUCCAAUCACACAUAAGAGAAAGUUUCUAAAUCCCAUAAGGAAAAGGUUUUCCUUUUUGCCAAUUUCCUUUUCACUUCAAGCAAACUUCCUCUUUACUUACAUGAUUCAUUUUGUCUUCAAACAAAGAUAUUUUCAUUUUCCUUGACUUAAUAAACGCUCCAUCAUCCAAGUACUCGAGCCCUCAUCAGCAAUUAUGCUUCUCAUCUUCUUGAAUCACUUCUUGUACUACUUCCUGUACUACUUCAACGACUAGUACAGAACACCAAAAUAACUGCAUCUUCAAUCUCCCCCUUUUUGACUAUGUAUGUGAACUCAACAACUCUACCUUUAAUGACUUCAUCACCAGUAACACAUCAACCUAGCAACACCAAUCUCCCCUUACUUGAGUCACAUCAUGGUCAAAAACUAAUUCAAGGAUCACCUUCAUCGAAACCAAGGAUGAAACCCCAUUGCACCAUCUCCGUAAUGAUUAACUCUCAUAGACCAAGUAUUCCUGAGUUGUAUGAAUCCAUAACAAACGAUUUUUAGCUCUAUUUUACUUCCCGAACAAUCUCCUGAACAAUCUUCCGAACGAUCUCUUGAACCUCACCCUGAUCUACCCGAAAUAAGACUAAAUCUCUAUCGAGAAUAGGAAUGGUUUAUUAUAUGCUAGCGUAAUUAAGUCCUUGUGGAUACACAAAGAAUUAAUACACAAUGAGAAAGUACUAAAGAAAUGCUACACAGAGACAUGAAGAAUCUUAAACCUGAUUUUUUUUCCUUAGGUCAACUUGGAAACGAUUCUUUUAGAGUCUCUUUUAUUGUCUGAAAUGAAAUCCAGUCGUUAAUUAAAAGAAAAUGUCUAAAGCAUGGAAACUUAAGUUGCUUCUUCUACUUCAACUGCUACUCUUGAGUCAACAUGAUGUUGAUUCAGCUUCUGUGAUUAGCUAUCUUCCUGGUUUCGAAGGUCUUCUUCCAUUCCACCUUGAAACUGGGUACAUUGGUGUUGGUGAGGGAGAGAAAGUGCAACUUUUCUACUACUUUAUUAAAUCAGAGAACAAUCCUGAAGAAGACCCUCUUAUUCUCUGGUUAACUGGAGGACCAGCUUGCACUGCUCUCUCUGCACUUGCUCUCGAGAUCGGGCCGUUGACUUUCAAGACUGAGGGUUACAAUGGAGGUUCACCUUCUCUUGUCUCCACUUCAUAUUCUUGGACAAAGGUAGCUAGCAUAAUAUUCUUGGAUCAGCCUGUUGGAACUGGCUUCUCCUACUCAACAACUCCUCUUUCUGAUAAGCCUAGUGACACAGGCGAAACAAAACAGACAUAUGAGUUUCUUCAAAAGUGGCUAGUGGAGAAUCCAGAGUUUGUCUCAAAUCCUUUCUAUGUCGGCGGAGAUUCUUACGCUGGUAUAGUUGUUCGAGCUAUUGUUCAGCAGAUCUCAAUAGGAAAUGAACAUGGCGACAACCCUAAAAUGAAUCUUAAGGGUUAUAUUCUUGGGAACCCUUCAACAGAUCUUGAUAGUGAUCAUAACUCCAAGAUUCCAUAUGCUCAUCGAAUGGGACUUAUCUCUGAUGAACUCUAUGAGUCACUUAAGAGAACCUGCCAAGGAAAUUAUGUAAAAGUGGAUCCUACUAAUAUACAAUGCUUGAUAUUGGUGGACAACUACCAAAAGUGUGUUUCAAGGAUAAAUGAAGGACUCAUUUUGAUAGCAUUGUGUGAUUUGGCAUCACCAAAUCCUUAUUCAGGGGAACACGGUGAAAGAAGCUAUCUUACGACACUUGUUCAGCCAAAUCUUUCUCUUCCCACUCCCGACUGCUAUAUGUAUCGGUAUUUGCUAGCUUCACAUUGGGCUAAUGAUGAAGAUGUACGCAGAGCACUUCAUGUAGUGAAAGGAAGUAUAGGGAAAUGGAUGAGAUGCAAUUGGGAUUUGCCUUAUGAGAAAGACAUAAAGAGCAGUGUACCGUACCACCGAAACAAUAGCAUCGAAGGUGAUUAUCGGUCAUUGGUUAAUUACAGCGGUGAUCACGACAUGAUGGUGCCUUAUACUGGAACUGAAGCUUGGAUUAAAUCUCUAAACUACUCAAUAACUGACGAUUGGAGGCCUUGGUUCGUUAACAAUCAAGUUAUUGGAUAUACAAGGACUUACGCCAACAAUAUGACAUUUGCCACUGUCAAAGGAGGAGGGCACACCGCAGAGUAUAAACCGGAGGAAAGCUUCAUAAUGUUCCAAAGGUGGAUAAGUGGACGAACUCUCUAGCAUCUAACCGGA